AUGCGAUCAUUUCUCUCUAUCACCACGGCCCUUCUAGGUGCCGUGGCCGUCGUAUCUGCUUCUGACGCUGAAUCCGACGUCCAAUCCUUAACCAAGGACACCUUCUCUGACUUCAUCAAGGGACAUGACCUCGUCCUGGCCGAGUUCUUUGCACCAUGGUGUGGUCACUGCAAAGCCCUGGCUCCUGAAUAUGAGGUUGCUGCCACUGAGUUAAAGGAGAAGAAUAUUCCCUUGGUCAAGGUUGAUUGUACCGCCGAGGCUGAGCUGUGCAAGGAAUACGGUGUUGAGGGUUACCCUACCCUGAAGAUCUUCCGUGGUGAAGACAACGUCAAGCCCUACGCAGGUGCUCGCAAGAGUGGAGCCAUCACUUCUUAUAUGAUUAAACAAUCUCUCCCCGCCGUCUCUCCCGUCACCGAGACCAACCUCGAAGAGUUCAAGACGCUCGACAAGAUUGUUAUUGUUGGAUAUAUUCCGUCGGACAGCAAGAAGGCCAACGAGGCUUUCAACAGCUUGGCCGAGUCUGAGCGUGACAACUUCCUCUUUGGCGCCAGCGAUGAUGCGGCAGUUGCGAAGUCUGAAGAUGUCGAGCAACCCUCUAUCGUUUUGUACAAGGACUUUGACGAGAAGAAGGCUGUUUACACCGGCCCAUUCGACUCUGACAGCAUUCUUACCUGGAUCACCACCGCCAGCACGCCCUUGGUUGGCGAGGUUGGCCCCGAGACCUAUGCCAAAUACAUGAAGGCUGGAAUUCCUCUCGCCUACAUUUUCGCCGAGACUCCCGAAGAGCGCGAGAAGUUCGCAGAAGAGUUCCGUCCUAUUGCCAAACAACACCGUGGAAAGAUUAACAUCGCAACCAUCGACGCCAAGGCAUUCGGUGCCCACGCCGGAAACCUCAACUUGGACCCUGCCACUUUCCCUGCCUUCGCUAUUCAGGACCCAGAGAAGAACACCAAGUUCCCUUGGGACCAAACCAAGGAUAUUACCGCCAAGGAGGUUGGCGCGUUCAUUCAGGACGUUCUUGAUGGCAAGGUUGACCCUAGCAUCAAGUCUGAACCCAUUCCCGAGACUCAGGAAGGUCCUGUCACCGUCGUCGUGGCCCACACUUACCAGGAGCUCGUUAUCGACAAUGACAAGGAUGUUCUUCUUGAGUUUUACGCACCAUGGUGCGGACACUGCAAAGCUUUGGCUCCUAAGUAUGAGCAGCUUGCCUCAGUUUAUGCUGACAACUCGGAAUAUGCUUCGAAGGUGACCGUCGCCAAGAUCGACGCUACUGCCAACGACGUCCCCGACGCUAUCCAGGGCUUCCCUACCAUCAAGCUCUACCCAGCCGGCUCCAAGGGCUCCCCUGUUGAAUACUCUGGCUCCCGAACCGUUGAGGACCUUGUCGCAUUCAUCAAGGCUAAUGGCAAGUACCAAGUCGAUGCUGCCGCUGACCUCGCCAAACUCAACGAGGAAGCCGCCGCUGCCUCUGCCUCUGCAUCUUCUGCUACCGCCUCCUCUACCUCUGCUUCCGCUUCUGCCUCUUCCACUGCCGAAGCCGCUGCUGCAUCUGAGACUGAGGCCGCAGCUCCUGAAGCUACUGAGGAGGCCGCUCCUGAACAUGAUGAGCUUUAA